AUGAAUGAAGGAAGGAAGAUCUCCAACGGUCUAAAGCAUAUGCCAAGGCAAUCCAAUGUCGGUUCCCAACGUUCAUUGCUUCCUUUCCCUCUGACUCAUAACGGUCACAUUUUCACUCUUCACUAUCACAUGCCAACACACACACUCAACGCUUUCUGGGUCUCUUCAACACAUUCUCUCUCUCUAUCUCUCUCUCUCUCUCUCUCUUCGAUGGAACCCGCGAAAAUUGAUUGGAAGAGACUAGAGUGGAAUUUCGUGGAAGACGAACGCUUCGAGCACAUCAACGCGCCCAAGUGGGUCGACUUCUUGUCCCUUGACCACUCCGUCAAUGAUCACGCUGAUGAAGCUUGGUUCUGCAAGCCUGAUUGUAAACAUCCCAAGACAGCGGAGGAUUUUCUCAGAUCAAUAACUCCUCCUUCCAAGAAGGGCUUUAGUCCGGGUUAUGUUUCCGAGAAUCUUCCGUGCCAUGACAAAAAUAGAAGAGAUGCGAAAAUUAAGAGAAGGAUGCCUGCGCUAUCCUCAGCUUCACCCAAAGCUGAUAAAUUUAGAUUCAACCAAGACAGUGAAAACCAAGAUCCGAAUUUGUUUACUCCUCCUUCUAAACUAAACCCCGUGAAGGAAGCAAUUAAGUCUAGUGAGGAGAAGAAGAAAGUCGUUGAUGACACCUUCGGGGAUCACAAGGUGCCUUCUCUGAGAUCUACUCUAUCUGCCAAAAAUUUGUUUGCGGGGAGGCCAAUUCUGAAUCAAAUCACCGAAUUCUGCAACGAAUUGAAGAAAUUGGCAAUAAGAGCCAGGGAGAGAGAAAAUGCUGAAAAUUUGAGCCCCAAAGAGAGUGUAGAGGUAGUAGAGAACAUCCCUUGUUCUGUUCAACCUUUGACAGAGUCAGAUACAAAUGAGAAAGAAAGGAAGCCAAUGCUGGAAGUAAGUAAGGCUGAAAGAUCGGAGGGAACGUGUGUUAAAGGGAAGCAACAGAGAAAAACAAGACCUGAUGAUGCAGUGAACAUGCCUAUAACUCUUGACUUAGAGAAUCUAAAGCACAAGAGGGAGGAGAGUUUACAACAAAUUCGAACAGAUCCUCCCUCUCCCCAGUGCUUCUCUGCGGCACGUGGAUUCAACAAACCUACACCUUCAAAGCCUUGCAAAUCCCGGCUAAUGGAAAGAGGAAUACUUGGAGAAAUUGAACUAAACAAGGAAAUUGUGAAGAAGGAGUCUCCUGUAGAGAAAAGCAGAAGCACUACAAUAGUUGAUGGAAGAGAAACAAAAGCCUUGGACAUGUUUUGGUUCCUAAAGCCUUGCACACUGUCGAGCUGA